CAUACUCACUCAGCUCCAUCCAAACACUACUUAUAAAGAAGCUAAGGAAAUUGGGAAAAUGUUGCUGCAAAUUAGGGUUUCAGCAGUCUCACUUAUACUUCUAGUGUUGAUUGCUCAAUGCCCCUCAAAUGCUCAUCCUCAACAAGGUCGAUCAUUUGGUGUUGGAAGAUGGAAUUCCCCUUCAAAUGGAAAGGUAUUUAUCGAUACGAAACACGGACCGAUUACAACAACAAACAAGUUGAAAACACGAAAAUUGGGCAUGGUAGAGAAACGCAAAGAGAUGCCUCCUGGUUUUGUUGCCUACACUCUUGAUUACCAUCCUCCAAAGCAUCAUCCACCCAAGAACAAUUAAAUAUUUUAAGCUAAUUUAUACGUAUUUUAAGAAAAUUUUCUCUUCUCGUAACAUGUCUAGAUGUGUACGUAUGUAGUACUAUAUGUAUACUUCUUUAAGUUGUACCUGCAGUUUUGUAUUUCCUUGGACUCGUUUUGUGUUUAACUAAGAGAGAAUGAUGGUGAGAUAUAUGUAAUCUCAUGAUUUUCCCA